UCUUGUGGGAUCGACAGCGCGUGCGUGUACGGUUGUAAAGUGAAUGCCAAAUUGUUGUACACAAAUUGGCACAGUGUGCACCGAAAAAAGUGUCACAAACCGCCCUGUGGAUUGUGCGUGAGUGUUUUUGGGGUGAAAUUGGGUGCAAAAAUGCCCCAAUUUUGGUGAAAAAAACACCCCAAAAUUGGUUGUGAGAGUUAAUCUUGCCAGCAUCACAUAGCGCUGUGAUUGUUCUCCCAUUCACCUGGAAUGUGGUGCUUCGGUAGAAUUAGUUGGAUCGCUUCUCAACUUGUGUGGAUUAGCAGUGCAAUUGAGUGUAUUGAAUAAUCCCUAAACUAAUUACAUAUUAAUUCUCUCUGUGUGGAGCUACAUCCGUGGCAUUGCUCUUUUUUCCUGCAUGCACCGAAGGCGGGUGUACCUAAAUUGGAUAUUCCUGCACCAUCAUUAUCCUCUCCACAAUGAUUUCGCGGUGGAUUUUUUUGUGGAUCUUCGUGUGGACUUUAAUCCUCGAUGGAGGUGAAUGCAAUCUUCCACCUGUUUUCACCCAGGAUAUGAAUAAUCUUGCCCUGUCAGAAUCUACUCCUGUGGGUACGAUUGUAUACCAAUUGGAGGGUUACGAUCCGGAGGGCGAGGAAAUUUCCUUUGGUAUCGUCGGAUCAGAUAAUUUCAUGGUGAAUCCGAGGACAGGAGAAGUGGAAAUCGUUAAAGCACUGGACCGUGAGGAUCAGGACACACUCCACUUCCUCGUCACCAUCAAGGAUAAAGUGAAUGGGACAUGGGAAUCUGAGAAUGAUAAUCGUGUCGAGGUGCCAAUCAGUGUUAUUGUUCUCGAUGAGAAUGACAAUGCUCCGGAAUUUCAGAAUGUGCCAUAUGAGACGGAAGUACUAGAGGACGCUGAAAUUGGGACAACAGUCUUUGACCAGAUUCACGUGACGGAUCGUGAUAUCGUGGGUGAAAAUCUUGAUAUAACAUGUGUACCCAACAGUCAGAAUCCGGACGCGUGUACAGUUUUCACAUUGAAAAUUCUCAAGAGCGAGCAAGAUAUUCUGAGGGCAGCUGUAGUGCUUACAGGCAAACUGGACUAUAAUGAACGGAUGAUUUAUCAGAUUGAGCUCAAAGCUACGGAUGAUGUUCACAUUUCAACAGCCAGUUUGGAGAUCAGGGUGAGGGAUGUUCAGAAUUCUCCGCCCGUAUUUCAAGGCUCAUUGGCAUCGGUAAUCAAUGAAGACAGCCCCAUUGGGACGCUUGUGAUGACUAUUCAAGCAAGAGAUGGGGACCGGGGGCAGCCCCGGAAGAUACUCUACGAAUUAGUUUCAAAUCCCAUGGACUACUUUCUUCUCGACUCCAAGACGGGUGAACUGCGAACGGCCAAGCCACUAGACAAGGAAGCCCUUCCCGAUGCCACAGGUCUUGUCUCACUCACUGUACGGGCACGAGAAUUAGUGGAUGGAAUGCCGGGGAAUGAUCCCCUAACCAUGGCAACUACCCAGGCAUCCGUAACAAUACGCGAUGUGAAUGACUCACCACCCACAUUCAAUCAAAAUGAAUAUUUUGUGUCGCUGAACGAAAAUACAGCACCUAGAACUCCACUUCCACUCGAAAUGAGUGUCUCAGACCCGGAUGUGGGUCAAAACUCAAUUUUCUCCCUGAGAUUGAACGACGUAUCUGGGGUAUUUGAUGUUGAACCAAAACGUGUUGUAGGUUCAUCACAAGUUAGCAUAAGAGUUGCCAAUGGAACUCUCGACUAUGAGAAUCCCAAUCAGAGGAAAUUCAUUGUACUUAUUAUUGCUGAAGAAACCGAGACAGAGCAUAAAUUAUCAUCAACAGCCACCCUGACAGUCUCCGUAACGGAUGCCAAUGAUAACCGUCCUACAUUUGAACAUGACUCCUACUCAGCUACGGUUUCUGAGACCGCCCAUGCAGGUCAGCUUGUGACUACAAUCACAGCAAGGGACCUUGAUUCGGGAGAUUUUGGGGAUAGGGGUAUUCGGUACUCACUUUCUGGCACAGGAGCUGAACUAUUUCACGUUGAUGCCAUAACUGGAGCCAUCACCGUGGCUGAAUGUCAUCCAUCGGAAAUGUCUGAGGGACAGAGAAGGCGGAGAAGGGAUAUCCCAAUGAGUUCAUCAGAGGAGGUAGAUCCCCUCAAUGAUGCCAAGAAAGUUAACAUCACCUACGUUGGCCAAACUGGAGUACUUCCGGUGGAAAUGUCAAGGACUGAGUCAUCAAAAGACUUUGUAACCUACCACGUUAGUGGAUCUGACUAUCAAGAUUUAUUUAGUUCAGCCAGUGGGGAGAAUCAAAAUACAAUUUCGGGAGAUUCGAGGGAAUCCUUUGAGAGUACAACCUUUGGUCAGACAACGGACUACACAACAGAUUUUACAACAGAAAUCCCCAUGAAUACCGAAGUUCCCGCAAUGGUGGCAAAUUUUGGUCCCGGAAAAGCUCCGUGCUUGGACUAUGAAACCCAUCCGGUUUACUAUCUGUCAUACAAAGCCAUUGAUGACCUAGGACGUGGUCAGACGUCAGUUGUAUCCCUCAGGAUCUCCUUAAUGGAUGCCAAUGAUUCCCCACCUGUGUGUGAGAGUCCUAUCUACAGAGCAUCUCUCGAUGAAGGGGCAACAUUCUUUGAUCCACCCUUGUUUGUGAAAGCUCGUGAUCCUGAUGCAAUGUCCGACAUAACGUAUAGGAUCAUUGGAUCUGAAACAAUUAAAUCCCUCUUCAUGAUCGAUAAGCGAUCAGGUCAGCUUAGCAUUGCAAAGAACGUUACUCUAGAUGUGAAUCACAUUCAUUCGGAAAAUGUACGCUUUCCCGUUGAAGCUAGCGAUGGUUUGUUCACAACGCUAUGCGAUGUAAAUAUCACCAUUAGGGAUGUUAACAAUCAUGCACCUCAGUUUACAAGGGAUUCUUACGUGGUUACAAUUGCCGAGAACUCCCCUAUAGGAACAAGCGUGGAACGCGUGUCAGCAAUUGAUUUGGACACGGGGAUCAAUGCGGAGAUUCGCUUCCGUCUCCAAUCAGGAAGCUUUGAUGAUUUUACAAUUGAAAAUCGAACUGGUGUAAUUUCAAUAGCAAGAAAGUUGGACUACGACAGAAGGAAUACGUAUCAAAUGGAAGUUGUGGCCUCAGACUUGGGAACACCUAGCCUUUCGGGAUCAUCUACGGUCACAGUUAGCAUUCUCAAUAGCAACGACAAAGCACCCUACUUCACACCUGCUACACAGAGAGCUGAAAUUGCUGAAGAUGCAGAUGUGGGGACACUUGUUCACACCCUUGUGGCAAUUGAUCCGGACAUUGUAUCGAGUGAGGCUCUAGAUUAUGCAGCUACGGACCCUAUUACGGCUGUUGAUAAGGACGGGAAGGAGGUGCUUACUGGCACGGAGGAAUUUAAGGAUGUCUUCAGUGUGGAAAAGAAUGGGAAUGUGCGAAUUAAUAAGAAAUUAGACCGAGACCUAUUUGCCGUGAUUCGGAUCACUGUGCUCGUUACGGAUACAACAGCUCCAUCCAUUCAGCAAGGACGAGGACUUUUGGUCAUUACAAUCAUUGAUGUUAAUGAACUUCCUCCGAUCUUUGCCGCCCCAUGGUCACCAUCGGAACCAAAAUAUACGUUCCAAAUGAGGGAGGAACAACCGGUAGGGACCAUUCUAACAACGCUCCAAGCAACGGACGCGGAUUCAACAGUUGGAAAAUACCAAUUGGACCGUGGAAAUGAUUUCUUUGACAUCGACGAAAUUACUGGCGUAAUCCGGACAAAGGCGCGGAUUGAUUAUGAGACCAUUAAACAAAUCCACUUUAAUGCAACCGUUACCGAUACUGGAGUACCUCAACUUACAUCCACAGCCAUGAUUACGGUGGAUGUAAUCAAUGAGAAUGACAACGAUCCCCAAUUCAACGAAACAGUUUAUUACUUUGAAGUUCCGGAGAAUUCUCCACGAGGAACCAUCAUUGGUCGCGUGGUGGCUUCGGAUGCCGAUGAAGGACCUUUCGGGGAGAUUACAUACAGCCUUGUUGGCGAGCAGAGUACAUUUUUCAGUAUAGAUCCCGAUACAGGAUCAAUUGUUGUGCAGGAUUCCGCAGGAUUGGAUCGUGAGCGUGAACCUGAGGUCUCCUUCACAGUCGUAGCAAUGGAUAGAGGUCCUGCCCCAACAAGACGCUCAACAGCCAUUCCCGUUCACAUACGCAUUCAGGAUGUGAAUGACAAUGCUCCGGCAUUUACGCAGGAUAAGUAUCAAGCAGCUGUUGCGGAAAAUGCCGCUCUCAAUCCUCCAGCAGCUAUACUCCAGGUGUCAGCAACAGAUCCCGAUGAGGGAGACGCAGGAACCGUCCGUUACUACAUUCUUUCCGGGAAUGAUGCUGGAAUGUUUAGGCUUGACUCCAGCACUGGGAUUCUCUAUCCUGCCAUUGAGUUGAGUCACAAGAAAGGGCACUACCACUUAAUUGUCGAAGCAAGGGAUGGCAAAGGAUCCGGACCAUAUUCAGACACAGCAGAGAUCUCCAUUGAGGUCAGCAGUGUGAAUCAACAUCGCCCGGUGUUCAUAAUGCCAGCCAUUAAUAAAGCUCUCAUUGAAAUUCCCUUCAAUGUUGUUGAACCAGAUUAUCUAGUCAUGACUGUUAAGGCCACGGAUGAAGACAGUGGUCUCGAUGGGAAGGUCACGUACCACCUACAAGUCAACAAUGAAAAUGUCCAGCAAACUGAAGACUUUAGCAUUGAUGAGCUAUCUGGUGAAUUGCGAACUAAGAGGCAUCUUGAGAGGAAGGUGCAAUCCAAGUAUGAACUUAUUCUCGUUGCAAGAGAUCGAGGGAAGCCAAAACGCUUUGAAACCCUUCGCUUCCUGACAAUUCUACUCGUGGACAUUAAUGAGAAUCGCCCCGAAUUCCCAGAUGCUUCCAAUCCCUACAAGUUCUUCAUUUCUGAGAAUCGCGAAAGGGACGUGAGAAUAGGGAAGAUUCAGGCAAUGUUGCAGGAUAGAACGCAUGAUGAUUCCCCCACAAUUUACUACUACAUCAUGCUGGGCAAUGAAGAUGGAGCUUUCUACAUUGACAAAACCAGUGGGGAUAUCUUCACGAAUAAAUCAUUAGAUCGGGAAGCGGUUGAUUCGUACAAUCUCUUUAUCCUUGCCAGCAAGAAGCCUGAUUUGGUUAUUACAGACGUCGACAGGGAGGGAUACUCAACAAAGGCUCUCGAGAGGGAUAGCACAGUUGCUAAAGUCUGGAUCACAGUACUGGAUGUCAAUGACAAUGCACCUGUAUUCUCACCAGAAGUAUACUAUGCGGGAGUCAGUUCAAAGGCUUCAAUAAAUGAGCUGGUCACCUUAAUGAAUAUUACAGACAAUGACCUGGGUGCAAAUGCAACAAUGGAACUCAUUAUUGUCUCAUCAAAUCUCUACAAAUUUGGUUCCAGUAAAUCCACAGGAUCCAUUGUUCCGAGUCCUUUUGGAAUUUCCAAGGAUGGACGUCUCACGACAGCUGCCUUUAUGGCUGAAUACAAUCAGGAUCGAUUUGUUUUGGAGAUUGUUGCAAAAGAACAAGAACCACCGGAGCGAACGGCAAAAGCAACAGUGCAUGUAUGGAUUUUCAAUCCGGAACAACUUGUACGGGUCAUCCUGUCACGACCACCGUCUGAGGUGAAUCAGGAGCGUGAUGAAAUUGUCUCAGAGCUCUCCAAUGCAACGCAAAAGAGGAUAAUUGUUGAUGAAAUUCGCUACCAUGUGGAUUCAAUGGGAAGAAUUCGGAUGGAUUGGUGUGAUUUGUAUUUCCAUGCUGUUGAUCCGGAAAGCAAGAUGAUUGUACCGGUUGAGGAUGUACUCAAGGUCGUGGAUGCACAUUAUGACUUCCUCAAGGACUACUAUGCAGGAUUUGCAAUUGAGAAUGUCGUACCAGCACAUGCAACGUAUGUUCAGGAGGAAUUUGAUUUAGCUCUGGCAGCUCUAAUUGCCCUCCUAAUUAUCCUCUUCGUGGGUGCUGUGAGCUUCAUUGUACUCUGUUGCUGCCUGAAGCAUUGGGUAAUCUCAAUCCCAAGUGAAACAAGGCGUAAGGAUGCCCUUAUCAAGAAGCAAAUUAUUGAGGAUCUCAAUACAACUGAGAAUCCUCUCUGGAUUGAACAGAAACUAAAGCUCUAUGAGGAGCAAGAGCUAACGAUGCAGGUCUUUUCUGAGCCAGAAGUAAUGAGUACGAACAAUUCAUCAAGUCAGCAAGACGGAUUGCCGCUGACACUCAAUCGACGGGAUUCCUACGAGACGUCUCAGGGUGGUGGAGACAACACAUAUGCCACAAUUCAACCCAGGAACAUCAGUUCCCAAGUCGGAGACAGUUUAGCAGACUAUGCCACACUAAGGAAUCCAAGUGGAGUUCCUUCGAUGUACGAAUUUACGGGAUCAACAUUCCAGGUUCCGCAGCGAGAUCGCUCAGAUUUUGUCACAGAGCUAAUUUGACAUUAAAAAACCCAUCACAGAAAAGGAAGAAUCUCGCCAGAGAAAAAAAGAAAAAUAAUAUAAAGAAAAAAAAUAAAUUCAACUUUAUGUUCUCCCGUGCUGGAAUUUUUAUAUCAACGACAAUAAAUUAAGAGAAAUUCAUUUUAUUUAUUGAAACGUUAAGAGAAAGAAAAUUUUAUUAUUAUAUUGUGCGAAUGCGGUGUGAUUUUGCGGAAGGAUGCGAAUGAAUAAAUGUCUUUAAAUGACUGAUAGUAGUUAAAUUAUUUUUAUAAAAAUAAAAAAAAAAUAUAAGAAAAGAAAAUGAUAUGGUAUGAGAUAUUGGUAUUGUGCUAAUGGAAUACCUAAAUAAAAAAAAAUGUUUAAAAAUUUAGUGUAAAUUCGAAAUAUUGACGAAUCAUUCUUUUUGACUAAAAACUAAAGACUGGAGCAGGUGCAGAAGAUUAUCUUAUUAUUUGAAAUAAAAUUAUUUAUGAGUGGAGGAUUUUUGUGUCGUAACAUUUUAAUUAAAUAAAGUAGUUUAUUCGGAUAGAAAUAACUGCAAUUCAUCCUCACUUCUAAAAAUAGUCUUGCUGCCAUGAAAAAAAAACAAUACACUUUGCAGUUUCCUGUACGAGAGUUAUUAUUUUAAAUUCGUAAGGAAAAAAAAUUAAUUUAUUUUUGAUUGCAAACAUUAAGCUAUAAUCCACGCAGUAUAAAAUUUCCAGAACAGACUUCAGUGUCAUCAAAGAAUUUAAGACAUUCCAAAGGUCGUGUGUAAUGAAUUUCUGUUUAGGAAGACUUUUUUUUAAACGUUUUUUAGGCUUUUGAAAGACAAGGAAAAUAAUCAAAUAAAUCUUUACAAUUAUAUUCAAUUUGUUGAAAAUGUAUUAUAGUAGAUUUAGAAUUUUCAGGUAAAACGUAAAGAAUAAGAUUAUAUCUUGCAUAGAAUUUAUUUUUGGGUGCUUUCCAGCAUUUGCCAGCAAAGUCUUCAAAACAAAAAAAACCCGGCAAUGUUUUCUCAAGAUUUAAUUAGGUCAACUACUACUAUUCUCUCAUAGACAAAAUCAUUUAAGAGCAAUAAGAAUAAAUUUGCAUAAAAUUACAACAAAAAAAAACAAUUCUUACUGUUCUAGAAUGUUUUCUUUUCUCUUAAAAACAAACUAAUGAAUAUUCCUACAUAUUUAAUAAAAAAAAUAUGUAAAUGCCGAAAUAUUUGAAAAGAAUUUAUCGCUUCUGCUCCAGUCUUAAUUGCAUUUUAGUCAUAAAGAAGUAUAGGAGAUGAAAAAGAAAAUUCUACGCCACUUUUGCGCGAUUGCAAAGGAAAAGAGAAGAAAAAAAUGUUGAAUGUUGGCCACUUUUUGGGACGAAAGAAAUAAAUACUCUUCGUGUAAUUUCUUGGUAAUUAAUAAACAUUUUUAUUUA